AUCAUAAUCAAAUAGUAGCAGAAGAGCUUAUUAAUGUGAACGUAUUCUCUUCAAAUUUUGAAAAUAAAGAUCAAAUUUUGGUUCUCAUUUAUUUACUAGUUACCUGAAUCAUAGUCAAUCUGCGCAAUCCGAGUCCAAGAAUGACUUUUCAAUUUGGGAAACGGUCUAAACCCUAUAUAACUCACAAAAUCUUCAAACCCUAAUUGUCUCCCGCACCUCCUGUUGUUCCGCCAAUUUUGGGAUACUUUAAGGACUGAUUUGUUCGGAGGGGAAGAAGCAAAUCAUUUCAAGAUUUCCCAGUUCCAUUUCUUGAUGCCUAGAAUGGGUUCUGAUCUGGUGGAUCGAGAUAGCGAGGCGUUCGUAGAGGUUGACCCUACUGGCCGGUAUGGCCGGUAUGGUGAGCUGCUCGGAUCAGGGGCUGUGAAAAAAGUGUAUAGAGCCUUUGAUCAAGAAGAAGGGAUUGAGGUGGCUUGGAACCUAGUCAAAUUGAGAAGCUUCCUCGGAGACGACGCUAUGAUCAAUCGGUUGUACUCUGAGGUUCGGUUGCUGAGGACAUUGAAAAACAAGAAUAUUAUUACGUUGUACUCAGUUUGGCGGGAUGAGGAGAAAAACACGCUGAAUUUCAUUACUGAGGUGUGUACUUCUGGGAACUUGAGGGAGUAUAGAAAGAAGCACAGGCACGUAUCAAUGAAGGCGUUGAAGAAAUGGUCUAAGCAAAUUCUGAAGGGAUUGGACUAUUUACAUACUCACGAGCCUUGUGUCAUUCAUAGGGAUCUAAAUUGUAGCAAUGUGUUCAUCAAUGGCAAUGUUGGUCAGGUGAAAAUUGGUGAUUUGGGCUUGGCAGCAACGGUUGGGAAGAACCACUCGGCUCAUUCAUUACUUGGGACACCCGAAUUCAUGGCACCAGAGUUAUAUGAUGAGAACUAUACCGAGCUGAUAGAUAUCUAUUCAUUUGGAAUGUGUUUGCUUGAGAUGGUAACUCUUGAAUUACCAUAUAGCGAGUGCGACAAUGUUGCAAAGAUAUACAAAAAGGUGACAUCUGGUGUGAGGCCACAAGCUAUGAACAAGGUUAAGGACCCCGAGGUCAAGGAGUUCAUCGAGAAGUGUCUUGCUCAGCCUAGGGCUCGGCCAUCAGCUGCUAAUCUCCUCAAGGACCCCUUUUUUGAUGGAAUUGACGAUGACGAAAAUAAUGCUGGUGAUCAUAGUAUUAGCUAACAUCCGAACGUUGGUUUUGUUUCUUUUCCCCUUUGUUUUCGUGUGUUAUGGAUUCAGGGGGUUUAGGACAUUAACAGUUUCUUUCUUAAACUCCUGGUAUUGAAAUUUGAUUAAUUUGGUAGGUAUUGUGAAUAGAGUUCGAAUUUGCCAAAAUACUUUUAAUUAAUGUAAGAUUGAAUUUGUGGAUAAAGCCAGGCAACUUUUCGUUCGAAUUA